AUGCCCGCUCCAGCACCGAGACCGCGAGGGCCGAAGCUCAAGUUCACGCCUGAAGACGACCAACUUCUAAUCGACCUGAAGGAGAACAAAUCACUUACCUGGAAACAAAUCGCCGACUUUUUCCCUGGUCGAUCAUCUGGAACCUUGCAAGUGCGCUACUGCACGAAGCUGAAAGCUAAGACAACCCAAUGGACCGACGAGACGGACCAAAAGCUUCGCACUGCACUUCAAGACUACGAGAAUGAGAAAUGGCGCAUUGUGGCCAACAAAGUCGGGACCGGCUUCACCCCUGCCGCUUGCCGCGAGCGCGCCCAGGAGUUGAUGGGUGGUAUGGGUGCUCCUUUAUAG